AUGACAGAUUACAGCAAACAGACAGUCGCGCAACUGCGGCAGGUGUUGAAGGACCGGAGUAUACCCAGCACCGGCUUGACACGAAAGGCGCAAAUUAUCGAGAAGCUCCAGGAGGCCGACCUCGCUGCUGAGACUCCCAGUGCGCCAGACGAGGGUACCGAAAGCGCAGACGCGCCGCCGGAUGCGGUCGAGCAGGUGAAUACCGAAGUUGGCGACGACACUGCCACCAAAGAGCAUGUCCCUGGACCAGCGCUCUCCGAGGCUGGAGAAGCCGAGCAGCAGCCUACACGCGAAGCCGAGCCAGAGCCUCUACCCGUACCCGCAGCGACUACCGAUUCCCUCCCCGAGACAAUUUCGCACAUAGACAGCGAUAUUCCUCCACCAGACGAGAUUAAAGCAAUAGAGCGGCCUGCCGAGGACAUAACCAAUGCGGAGGAGCCCGGCUCAAUACAACCGGCGGGAGUCUUCAAUGCACCGCCCGCAGAUGCCGACGAUGUGGUUGGCCCAACCGUGACGGAGCCUACGGAUGCGGAAGUUGGAGACGUAAAGAAGGUCGAAGUCGCAGAGGGCGAGCUGCCAGAUGCUCCAGGACCGGCUGCUGAAGCUCUGCGGUUGGCGCAGCCAACGUCUGGACUCCCCGAAGAUUUGCAAGACACGAGCAUGGACGCGAAGACAGCUUCACCUGUGUCCAAUGAGCAACAAUCCGUUGAGAGGCCGGAAUUCCUUACCGUUCCAGAGCCUUCGACGACGGAAACAUCGAGGCUCAACACGGAAGAAGUAGAAACAGACUCGAAGAAGAGAAAGAGGAGGAGUGACACCCCCGAGAUGGCGGACCAGGAAAUCAAGGCAAAGAAGCACAGGCCCAGCCAGGAACCGGCGCCUGGCGUUCACCUGCAGGAAGACGAGGACACCGUCAUGGAGCAAAGAAGAUCGGAGGAAGAGACCGCACCUUUAGCAAAUGGCAAUCCAAGCGAAACAAACGACACUGGCUCUGUACCAGCCGGGGAGGAUCCGCCAGUUGUGGAGACUGACACAAGACGCGAGAAAAAGGAAAAGGCCUCUCGGUACAAAGACCUCAUGAAAUCCAACGCAGACGACACGCCCCAGGAAGCCUUGACUGAUGACAGGCCCACGGUACCCGCGCUCCACCCUGUGACAUCUGCAUUGUACAUCCGCAAUUUCAUGCGCCCUCUGCGUCUGGAGCCACUACGAGCACACCUAAUCUCUCUUGCCUCGCCGCCAUCUACCUCACCGGACCCCACAAUUGUGGAAACCCUUUUCCUGGACGUACUCAAGUCGCAUGCGCUUGUACUCUUUAGCACUAAGACUGCUGCAUCACGAGUGCGAGCAUCUUUACACGGCUCCAUCUGGCCACCAGAAGGUAACAGGAAAGAGCUCUGGGUCGACUUCGUCCCGGAUGAGUACGUGAAGGAUUGGAUCAAAGAGGAAGAGGACGCUGCAGCUGCUGAGAAGGACGCUCGUGCAAACAAACGCUCACAUAACCCCAAACGGUUUGAAGUCGUGUAUCCAGAAUCCAGUGAUGGCUCUGUUGUAGCUGUAUUCCAGGAAGUCGGUUCAGGUGCUCCUGCAAACGCACCACGAGGCCCACGCGCAAGCGCAGACGCGCGGAUGCCGUCUAUACAACAAGCACCAGCACCAUCGCUCCCAACCGCCUCAUCGAAAGAUACCCGACAAAAUACUGAAGCUUCAUUCAAAACACUCCACGAUCUGUUCUGCUCCACAGAAGCGAAACCCCAACUCUUCUAUCUCCCCGUUUCGGAUGAUAUUUCCGAUCUGAGGCUGAAGGAACUGGACGCCGAGACAAGCAGAGACUGGGCACCUGGCCAGACGAGGAAGGGGCGGGGCAUCAAGACAGAGAUGAAGUACAAAUACAGUUUUGACGACGAUGACAGGGUUGUCGAAGUUGGUGAAGAGCGCCCUGACUACAGAGGCGAUCAGCUCACGAGCGACCUCAUCGCCGAACAGGCUUUGCCCUUUGGCCAUAAAGAUAUCACCUUCCACCUGCUGACUCUAAAUGUCUGCUGCACUCUGGCGUCAUUGGCGAUUGGGGUUUCCGUCUUCCACAUCAAGCAACACGCACUGCACUACCGACACCCACACGAACAAAAACAUAUUAUACGUAUCCUCUUCGUCAUUCCGGUCUACGCGUGGACCACAUUGCUCUCUUAUGUGUUCUACAGAAGGGCUGUCUACUGCGAGCUUGUCCGCGAAUGCUACUCCGCUUAUGCUGUCGCGAGCUUUUUCACGCUUAUGUGUCAUUAUAUUGCACCCGACCUCCAUGAGCAGAAAGAGUACUUUCGCCACGUCGAACCGAAGAAUUGGGGUUGGCCGUUGAAUUGGUUCCAGAAGCUGACCGGCGGCGAGCACAAAGGGUUGCUGAGGAGGCCGAGGAGCGGCAUUACCUGGUUCAAUAUCAACUACAUCGGGAUAUUUCAAUACGUCGUUCUUCGUACCAUCGUAACAACCGUAGCCGUCAUCACGUCAUCCCUCGGUCAAUUCUGCAAAGGAAGUCAUAACAUCUACGGGCAGCUCAAAGAAGAUCUCGCACCCAACAGGCCCGUCUUCAAGAUGGUUUGCGUCAAGCUUAUCAGCACUGCGACCUACGCGCUUCAUUGCUGA